UCGUCUUACUAGUGAUGGGUUAUGGUGUCGUAGAAACAGUGUGAGUGUGAGGAAGCCAACUUGGAAACAACACGGAGUGAAACUCUCUCUCGCUCCGUGCUCAAGUGACUCGGUGGUCGGCCCCCCUUGACCAGGCAGGAGGUAACUGCUUGUAAUGAACCACGGCGGCCUAAGUUCACUACUACUCUUUUUUUGAGGAGGGGGUCGAUUCAAACUUUCGGCGCGUCUCCGUGUGUCGUACCCCAAAUAGUGUGCUCUCGCCGGCCUGAGUGUGCGCUGACCCACCUGAGGACCAAGCGACCCGGACCGCAUGUGUCCGUCUUCUUCCCUCAAGUCUUUCUUCUCGAAGACCAGGUGAGAUCCACGCCUGGAACCUGCCGGUUUAGUUCUCUUCGACCCUCCCUCCCCGCGUAAGGCUCUCCUGUAGCCGAAGAACUGCCGACCUCCGGGACCGCCAUGGAUCUAACGAGAGUGGCCGAGGAUCGACGGGGAGAAAGCGGGAGAAAACUACGACUGGGUCCGCUGUGCGUCGUCGCUAUCAUCAGCCUCCAAGUCCUGUCCAUCCACACGGUCGCCAUACAGUUCACCAAGGAGCCAAAGUCCCAGGAUGCUCUACAUGGCCGCAGCGCCAUGCUCCGCUGCGAAGUCAGUGAUCCGACCAACAUCACGUACAGCUGGCUCCACAAUGGCCAGCAACUGGAAAACAACGAGAGACGCUACCAGGAGGGCAGCAAUCUCAAGUUCACCGCUGUGGGGCGCCAGCUGGAUGCUGGAAACUUUGAGUGCGUCGCAUUAAACAUGGCCACAGCGGAGGUGCUCCAUUCCACCAACGCCUCCUUCAACAUCAAAUGGUUAGAAAGUGGUGGCGUGACAUUAAAAGAGCCCGCCUCAGAGGGGGAAAUUGAGAGCUCUGCACGCGUCACGCUUCGCUGCCACAUUGACGGACACCCACGGCCUACAUGCCAAUGGUUCAAGGACGGGGUGAAGUUGACGGAGAAGAGUCAUCAGAUCAACAAUAAGGAGCGUACGCUCACCUUCAAAAGCGCCACUCCGGACGACAGCGGCCUGAUCUACUGCUGCGCCAAAAAUGCAGCGGGUCAUGUCUGCAGCAAUAGCAACUUUACUCUCAACAUCAUAGACAAGAGCUUUCCCCGUCCAGUGGUUACCCCUGAGGACCAGGUGGUUCUGAGGAAUGAAGAAGCUGUGUUCCACUGCCAAUUCACAGCCGUGCCGCCUCCUACGCUGGAGUGGUACCAUGAAAAUGAGCUGCUAGUGAACAAAUCUCGUGUCUUCUUGCUCUCAAAUGGCUCACUACUCAUCACCCAGGUCAAGCCCAGGAACACAGGCUUGUACAAAUGUGUUGGCCGCGGCGUCAGCGGAUCCCAAGUGACACACGGGGCUUCCCUCCUCAUAGCUGAGAUUGAUGACAUGCUGUCCAAGACGUCCCAGGUUUUUACAGCAGACACCUUGCAGAGGGUUCCAUGUAAUCCCCCGCGGGGGAGACCCCAGCCUGCGGUCUGGUGGGAGAGGGAAGGUCAGCCAGUGCCCACUGAGGGACGAGUGUACCAGGAUGGCUUGGAUUUGGUCUUUAGUCCGACUGAGGCUGGCGAUUCUGGAGUUUAUACGUGUGUAGCUCAAAACAAGGCGGGCCGCAGGACACAGGAGGUCACCUUCACUGUGGCGACCGCCCCUGCCUGGGUAACAAGACCCCAAGACAGUCGUUUAGAAGAAGGUAAACCGGGUUACCUGCACUGUCAUGCCAAAGCCACUCCUGAACCUGAGGUCACAUGGCUCCGCAACAAUAUCCUGAUCACACCAGAGGAUUCCCGUUUCAAACUGUUCCCAAAUGGCACCCUAAGGAUCAACAGCGUGGAGGUGUACGACGGACAGAUGUAUGGCUGUGAGACCAAGACAGUGGGUGGUCGACUCUCUGGCCAGGCCAGAGUUACCGUGCUGGAGAAGCUUAAGUUCACGCCGACCCCCCAACCCUCUCAGUGCCUGGAGCUGGAUAAUGACAUCACCAUACAGUGCUCUGCUAAAGGCAGAGAGAGGCCUACCAUCCACUGGACUAAAGCAGACGGAGGAGACUUGCCACCCCAUGUGGAGCAGAAAAACGGCCAGCUUCACUUCUCCAAAGUUACCCGCAGUGACGCCGGCAACUACACCUGCAUUGCUUCUAACAGCCUCCAAGGGGAGAUCAGAGCCUUCGUGUCCCUCACAGUGGCGGUGUACAUUCGCUUUAAAGUGGAGCCAGAAAACACAACAGUGUACCAGGGCCAUACAGCUAUCCUGCGCUGCCAGGCCACUGGCAGCCCAGAGCCUCACAUCCACUGGAUGGUCAAAGACAAGACGUUGGACAUCAGUAGGAACAGGAGGAUCCAGAAGAUGCCCAAUGGCUCCCUGGUGAUUUCAGACGUCACUACAGACGACACAGGCAGAUACACGUGUGUGGCGGGGAACAGCUGCAACAUCAAAGACCGUGUGGCUCAGCUCUAUGUCGUGGAUAAGCCAGCGCAAACCUAUGAGGAGGAUGAGGACCGAGCCCCUUAUAAGAUGAUUCAAACCAUCGGCUUGUCUGUGGGGGCAGCUGUGGCUUACAUCAUCGUGGUGCUGGGCCUCAUGUUCUACUGCAAAAAGAGACGCAACGCCAAACGACUGCACAAGGGUCAAGAUGGAGAGGAGCCAGAGAUGGAGUGUCUUAAUGGCGGGGCUGUUCAGCAAAAUGGCCACACCACCACUGAGAUCCAGGAGGAGGUGGCACUCACUAACAUGGGCACCAUGGCCACAACCGAGAAGCGCCACAGCCACGUCAACAGCGACAAGCUGCACUUUCCCCGAGCAAACUUGCAAACUAUCACUACUUUAGGUAAAGGUGAGUUUGGCGAAGUCCUUUUGUCCAAAGCCAAAGGCGUCGAGGAGAGAGAGGAGGAAACGGUGGUGCUGGUGAAGAGCCUCCAGACUAAAGACGAACAGCUUCAGCUAGACUUUCGCAGAGAAGCAGAGAUGUUCGCCAAGCUCAGCCACUCCAACGUAGCUCGUCUGCUGGGCCUGUGCAGAGAGGCGGAGCCGCACUACAUGGUCCUGGAGUAUUACGACCUGGGAGAUUUAAAGCAGUUUCUGAGGAUUUCUAAGAACAAAGAUGACAAGGUCAAAUCUCAGCCCAUCAGCACGAAGACCAAAGUUUCCAUCUGUGCUCAAGUGGCUCGUGGGAUGGAACAUCUGUCCAAUCACCGCUUUGUCCACAAAGACUUAGCCGCUCGUAACUGCCUAGUCAGCAGUCAGAGACGCAUCAAAGUGUCGUCCCUCAGCCUUAGCAAGGACGUUUACAAAAGUGAGUACUAUCACUACAGACAAGCGUGGAUCCCUCUGCGCUGGCUCCCUUCAGAGUCUGUGUUUGAAGACGACUUCUCCACCAAGUCUGAUGUUUGGGCCUUUGGAGUGCUCAUGUGGGAGGUGUUCAGUCACGGGGAAAUGCCUUACACCAAACUUGGAGACAAUGAAGUGCUAGAAGGCUUGCAGACAGGGAAGCUGAAGCUGCCCCCUAUAGAAGGAUGCCCCUCCAAAAUGUCCAAGCUCAUGGUCAGCUGCUGGGCCCCCAGCCCCAAGGAGCGGCCCUCCUUCAGCGACGUGGUGCGCACCCUGGGAGAGACGUCCUCUGACAGCAAAGUGUGACACAGCAACGUCCCGCGUAGUGGAACGUAAGUCUUCUCUCUUCCUGCGAACAAAGACGGGACUGUUUAGUCUCACUCUUCAGGGACCAAGGAGAAUUUUAAAUAUGCAUUUCAGACUAGAAAGGAGAAUUGUUUGCCAUUUCAGUGGAAGCGCACACAGAUUUUUUCCUUUUUUUUUUUUUUAUUUCGUGAGCGCUGCCUGGAGUUUUUACGUUUGCCUUAAACGCAACAUGGAGGACAUCCCUCUUGCUCAACUUCCUGUCUGUGUGAGCCUGCCGGUUCGGUCGCAGAGACUCUUUACAAACUCUGUGCCUCUAUUCUCCACACACACACUGAGAAUGUGGUCUUCUAUUAUACAACUGUCCUUGAACCUAUCAUCCUCAUUAUCGCCACCAGGAUGCUCAAAUCAGUGUGUGUGCAUGAAGGUGUGUAACUGUUACACAAGGCAGACUGGUUUGAAAAUGACUCUUUCAGGAUGAUAAAACAAACAAACAAAAUACAGAGCCAAGAAUUGACUGUUCCAUUUUGUAUAUUUUAAAGAGUGUUUUUGUUCUUGUAUCAACUUUUGCGGUGCUUAUUAUCUAACACUAUGUCCAAGUUUCAGGGAUCCGCUGGGAGUGUGUUGAACCUGCAGAGGUCCUCACUUGUGGGUCCACCUGUUUGUGUGUGCAAUGCUGCAAAAGGGGACCAGUGUACAUAAUGUAGAGGCCUUGCACUAACCACCCUCCUUUGUUCUUCUGCCAACACAGUGUGUUGAAGGCCUCUUUAUUUAUAGUGAAAGUCCUGUGUGUGUGUUUUUUUUAUUUGGAUCAGUGUGUUGUAGAAAGGUACUGCUCUAACGUCAUUCUCAUGAUCCGCCUGUGUGUUUAUGGCCCAACCGCCUAAACAUGCUAACAAAAAACUGAGUCAAUGCUGGUCACCAGUAUACUGAAAUAAGUGCCUGGUAAAUGAAGGAUGAUCUAAAAGUUGUUUCCCUUUUUUUUUUUUUUUUCUUACAUGAUCUAAUCAAAUCCCUUUGAUGACACCUUUUUGUAUAAGUUGUUUUUAGUGUGAUAUGUUUCUAUGAAUGCUAGGCCCUCACUUCUAAACCUUUUUUUAUCUGCUUCAGCAAAAGUCCACUGUUACUGUAUAAUGGAUAUAUACAAAAGUAUACAUACUGCUCCCAAUAAAGGUUCACAACAUUUUUA